AUGCUUUUGAGAAGCUUUCUGGCAUUGACGGUGAAAUAUUCUGAUGAUGACUUCUUCAAAGAUUCCAAGAAUGCAGCGGUUGAGUUUUACAUCCGUUCGUCCCGGGAGCUGAUUUUCAGUCAAAUGGGGGAUUCGAACGCGGCGGUGAAUGUACUUACGGCUUGCUGUCUUCUGAGCCUCCACGAUAUUGCGGACAGCAAUAAGGUUAGAGCCUGGAUGACGACUGGAAUUGCUGUACGUCUAGCGAUAAGCACUAGCAUCUUGACGAGUGGCCCAGGUCGAAGUAUAUUAAAGAAGCCAGAUGCGCUGCAACGAUGUUGUUGGAGCUUGUUUAUCCUGGACAAGAUCUACAACAGUAGUUUCCAGACUCUCCCUGCUAUCCCCGAAGAGGCAGUGAUGCCCGACAAGCCAGUCUCACCUCCCACACCACACACUGCAUCAGAUGAAGGCCUUGAAUACCAACGAAUGCUCCACAAUACUGGACAGGUCGAUGAAGGUGUCACUUCUUAUUUCAUGCAGCUUCUGUCGGCGUGGGGUAGCCUUAUGGUGUAUCUGAAGAACAUCAGGCAAGGACAGCUCGAAGAUGCCUGGUCUCCGAACUCUGCCUAUCAGCAAAUCAAAUCGCUGGUAUUUCGAUUUGAAACUGUUCUACCUGAAGUCCAUCGCUUCCGCAACACCAAGUUCCAUGAGAGGAACGAAUCCGAAAGAUCCACAGCCCGGAACUAUUGGGCCGCCUGGAUAUCGAUGCAAAUGGUGUACCACGUAAUUCAAUGUAUCUUACACCAUCCUUUCCUGCAUCUCGCCGAGAUCCAUCGGAAACAAAGGCUGCGAUCGCCCUCAUUCCUACAGCAUGCGACAGACCAGGCUAUCUUGCACUCAGCAUGGGUAAUCCGGAUUCUUGAUCUAUGUAUGGACCACAACUUUGCCGUGUAUGAUCCUUUCGUGGGGCACCUUGCUGCAAUGACUGCGACAGUGCUAUUCUUUCUACGAUUCUCGAGAGAUGGGACCCUAGCUACCAAAGCAGCCAAGGACUUCGAAGUCUGCCAACGCUUCGUAGACAGGAUGGCGGACGAAAAUCCACAUCUUCAACAUACAAAAUCCAAGCUCACAAGAUUAGCACAAUCCACGACUCAAGAGAUCCAGCCGCCAAAAGUUGAAACUUCUCUGCUAUGGGAUCUCCUAGACUAUGCAGCAUCAUCAAACCCGUCGGAAAGUACUGGCUCCUCGUCCGCCGUGGAAUUAAAUGUCAACACUCAAUUUCUCUCAUCUCCACAAGCAAAUACACCACGACCUAACGAAGUAUUUCCUUCACAAGACCAGGCAGGAAUGGAGGUCUCGAUGACAGACUUUCAAGUUUGGGACGAUGCAUCCCUUACAUUCGACAUGGUUGAUUUCUCAACACUGCCUGACGUCACCGCGUUGAACAUGCCCAUUUCCUGGAGUAACGGACAUCUGUGA